AUGCGGGAGCGCGUGCUGUUCGCCGUCAAGCACUCGCUGUACUCCAUGGCCAAGGCCCUGGGCCUGCGCAAGCUCCAGGACUACAUACAGGGCGCCACGGUGCUCUCCGGCGCCCCCCUGGUACUGCUGGGCGAGACCUACCAAGGCGACGCAGCCUCCUCUGAGCUGCCGAGCGAUGUCGCCGACGCCGUGCUGGCCGAUUUCGCCUCCAGACUGUGGAUGUCUUACCGGAGCGGCUUUCCGGCGAUCGGCGACGGCGAUCUGACGACGGACGCGGGCUGGGGCUGCACGCUGCGCAGUGGCCAGAUGCUCGUGGCCCAGGCGCUCGUCCGCCACGCGCUGGGCAGGCAGUGGCGGUGGGAGCCGGGCCAGUCGAGCCCGUCCGAGCUGGCCGAAGUCGCGGCCCUGUUUUGGGACCAUCCUGGGGAGGGCCACCCGCUGGGCCUGCACGGGCUGUGCGCGAAGGGGGGCAGGCAUGGGGUGGUGGCCGGGCGGUGGUUGGGUCCGUGGGCGCUGUGCAACGUGCUGGCGGAAAUCGUGAACUCCUCGCGGCCACUGGGGCUGCGAGUGGUGCUGGUUUCAGAGCCGGGUGGAGGCGCACCGUUCGUCAACAGAGAGCGGCUGGGGGAGUACUGCGCCCUGUUUGAGGGGGCCGAGAGGCAGGAAGGGGACAAAAAGGCAUCAGAGCCGCCUGGGGUGGGCAAGGGCGAGGGCAAGGGCGUGAAGGGCGAUUUAGGGGAUGAGACGCCCGGCGGCGGCCUGCAGGAAGGCGGGCGGGCGGGUGUGGUGGUCCUGGUGGCGCUGAUGCUGGGCGUCAACAAGGUGAACCCGGCGUACCUGCCGCAGCUCAAGGAGGUGAUGACCUGGCCGCAGAGCUUGGGCAUCGUGGGCGGCAGGCCCUCCGCUUCGCUGUACUUCGUGGGGCACCAGGAGGAGGAGGUGAUAUACCUGGACCCGCACGAGGUCCAGCCAGUGGCCUCCAACCCCGGGGACGCGUCCAGCUACCAGUGCCGGGUGCUGAGGCACAUGCCGAUCGGGGCCAUAGACCCAUCACUGGCGAUUGGAUUCUAUUGCAGGACGCCUGGGGAGAUGGAAGAUCUUGUGGAUCGGAUACAGGGGUUGGAGGAAAGGGCUCAAGGGGCGCCGCUGGUGACGGUCACGAGCGGCGAGCCGGGCAGCGCGAGGGGGGGCCUGGGGGCGGUGGAGGUGGAGGCGGACGGCGACGCGGAGCAGGGCGAUUGGGAGGUGCUGAGCUGA